AUGCCGGACAUGGAAUGUCGUGGACGAGUCGGAAUCGUCAGCCGUUCCCCGUCCCGCCGACGUUGUCAAGAGGGUGUGGCAUGUGGCAUAGGCCACGGCACCCACUGCCUCUCCGUCGCCAACAAGAUGCUAGCGUCCUUCCGGCUUGCUGGUUACAGAAGUUGCAGAUCUGACGAAAAGCUAGUCUUGCUGCAGCCAUUUCAAUGUGCAUAUUGCAGCCUCUCUGCAUCGCCUGUCAUGCAGCUCUCCCGGCUGCCUGCUUCUCUCACCAGAAUGGCAGGCCCAACUCCAUGUGAGACCGUCGCGUCUACAUACCCACUGUACACUGGGUCGUAUGCUGCUCGAGUUGGCAGCAUGGUUCUUGGAACAUGCCUUUCGAAGCCGCUGGAGCGAAGUACAUGUCAAGUUGGGGUGAAGGAGACCACGGAGUACGGACACACAGUGACCUCCCGCUGUUGGGAGAGGCUUGACGUCCAGCGAACAUGUCCGAGAGGAACGGCAACACAAGGACGACAGCUCGAAUCGCUAGCCGCCCUGCACGUGUCGCCUUUUGUUACCCUCUGGGUGGACACCUGCGGGCGUACCCGACGGCAUGCGAGCGGCGGCAGAGACAGAAUUGCCAGGUUGGUGUGCAGAUCGACAGGCAAAGUAGGCGAAGGGUCUCUUGGCCGUGAGUAUAAAGGACAUAUUGACUCCCCAAACUGUGGACAAGCCGUUUGCUGGAAAGUACCAAAUCGGAAAAGGCUGUUUCCUCCACCUGAACGUGAGGCUGCUUCCCUCCAGCCCGGCAAUACACCUGCAUAA